AUGCGAGCCCGCGCCGCUGCGGGCGACGCGGGAGAGCCGGACGGCCCAACAAACGACGCGGAAAUCCACUCAGAGGUCUGCACGGUCACAAUCAGAGCACAGGCCGGGCGGGAGGCAGGCGGGAACGGGGGCGGUGGGAAGCGCGAGGGGGGGCGGUUCAAGCACGGCAACUACCACAACUACUACGGGAAGCGGCUCGAGAAGCGCAGCCCGCUGGACGACCCCCGGCUGGCCGUCUUCGACCCCGCGUGGUUCAAAGGUCGAACCAUGCUCGACGUGGGGUGCCACGAGGGCGUCGUGAUCCUCUCCGUCGCGCAGCGCUUCGGCAUUUCCGGCGCGCUCGGCAUCGACAUCGACCCCGUGCUCGUCCGGCGCGCCGUCCGCCGCCUCAUGGCGGCACGCAACGCCGCGCGGGAGGAGCGUCGCGGCCACGCGCCCACGCACGGCGCCGAGGCGACGCUGCUGCCGCCCGCGGAGCGCCUCGACGCGCUCAAGCACGUGCGGUUCCGCGCGGGGGACGUGUUGAGCCUGGAGGGGGAGGUCCCGCGGGGUACUUUUGGGGUCGUGACGUGCCUGUCGGUCACCAAGUGGGUGCAUAUACACGGCGGCGACGACGGGCUGCGGCGGCUCUUGCGGCUGCUCGCGGGGGCGGCGGAACCCGGCGGCCACGUGAUCGUGGAGCCGCAGCCGUGGAAGAGCUACAGGCAGGCGGCGUCGCACCGAGACACGAAGCAGGAGUGGAUGCCCGGGCGUCUCGCGGAGCUGCAGCUGCGGCCGGAGGACAUUCCGCGCCUGUUGUCGGAGGAGGGGCUGGUGGAGGUGGGGGUGCUGCGGCCCGAGGGGAGCAAGGAGGGCUUCGGGCGGCCGCUGCACGUGCUGCGGAAGCCGGGGGCGCCGGGCGCCGGGGACGCGUGA